CGGAACCGAGUCGACGUCCAUCGAGAUCAAUCUACCACGCCUACAUAUAAAAACAGGAGGGGAGGCGGCGGCCAGAGGUAAGGGACGAGGAAGUGCCCAGGGCGGCGGCGGCGGCUGGAGCUUGGAGGGGCCGGAUCCGUGCGCGUCAGGGGCUGGGGAGGCGGAUUCGAAGGUGGGCGGCGCGGCGGUGUCGCCGGUGACGGCGAGGAAGGCCGGAGCGCGGCUUCUCGGGCAGAAACGAGACAAGGAGGUGAGGAGAGAAGAAGCGACAAGCGACAAAGGAAGGAAGGUGCGACGACCUAGGCAGGAGCUCGCCGGAGCAGGGCGACGACCGACGGGCGCGGCUGACGAAGGGAUACGACACGGCGUUGCGAAAUCCUUUGCAGGUGCGAGCGGACGACAGCGCCAUGAACGGCUGGGUGCGCGACGACGCGGAGCCCUCCUGUCGCUAUGGCGCCCCAGUGGAGUGCCCUGAGGCCGCGGAUGCUGCUCCUACACAAGGUGGAUUCGUACUCUUCCACUCUAAUUUCUUGGUUAGAGUCGAUGCCCUCAUGGUGUUUGACAAAUUGCUAUUUCUCCACCGCCCCUGCAUCAAGCUGCACACCAGGAAGAUGGUUGAUAUUGGGUACAACAUAUCGCCAAACCCUUGAGGCUGAGCAGCCGCCAUUGGCUCAUGGGUAUGGAAGCAGAGUCCGGGAUGGCGAUGGUGUCAAGGAGGACUCUUGGACGUCCACCGAUUGCAUCGCUGCUGCCGUACCCAUGGAGUGGCGCGGCUCUAACUACUCUGAGAUGGGAGAUAAAACAUGUCAAUUGUGUGGUAGAGAUGAGAUUAUUGGUGCAGAGGAAUCAGUAUUACAACAGAACUUGAAGCUGCCGAAGAUGGAUGAUGUUUGGUUUUGGUGGAAAGAUCAUCUUCCAUUUUUGCUUUUCAUUAUUCAACGGGACAAUUUCCUAAUUCUUUGUUAG